GUUUCCAAUCUAUCUACAGUUCCUCUCGACAGUCUCGGUGCUCAGAUUCCUACCAAGCGUCUACACUCGACGACAUUUCUGGCAAUCAAAUAUAUCACUCAACAUGAACAUUUUCUCCGCAGGCAUUGUUUGGGAUCCUCGCGAACCACUGCCACCUGAAUAUGCCACGGUGAAUAAUCCGGCGGCAAACUUGGCAGUUAUUGGCGGACAACAGUUGUACACUGCACCACGCUUUCACAGUCUACCCGGCGCGGCUCAGCCGGCUAUGGAACCUAGGUUAUUCCCGAGCGCAACUGUGAAAGAAACCCACCGCAACGUCCUGCCUGCUGUGUCAGUCUCAAUUACCGGCCGCAUUACGGGAGAUAUAGCAGAGGUAACUGUGAGGCAAUUGUUUUGGAACGAUGCGGACAUACCCAUUCAUAAGGGGUCAUAUACCUUUCCGCUUCCAAAUGGAUGUACAGUCACUGGGUUCACUUGUCGAAUCGGUAACAACAAAGUCCUCAAAGCCGCGGCUCUCCCAAAGGCUGAAGCUCAAGAGGAGUUUCAAAGAGCUCUUGCUGCGAAUACUACCACCGCUCUGCUGGACAUGAAUACACCAGAGAUUUAUACAUCCUCGAUUGGCCACAUCCCGCCACAUACACGCAUCAAGACUGACAUAACGUAUGCUGCAAUUCUGAAACGCGUAUUCGGCGACGAUGCAAAUACCACCACCCUAGUUAUUCCCACCUAUAUAGCAAAUAGAUACGGAAAAUACCCUGGCAGCCUCGAAGGACUCAAUCUGGAAUCGAAGCCUAAUGAUAUUUCGCUUCGCAUAGAAAUCUUCGAGACCGAGAACAUCCAACAUGUUCAGAGUGCUAGCCAUGAAAUCAACGUGGACUGGAGCACCACGGCCAGCGAUAAACUCAACUUUGAUCAGGUUGAAAGGGAAUUUAAUACAAGCAAGCAGCAAACCGCGAUAGUCACCUUCGCGGGAGCUACGAAGUGGAUAGAGACUGACUUUAUCCUUUCUUUUGACACUAUAUACAGCAAGGGAGAACGGCACCCAGAAAUCUGGCUGGAAAUGCACCCUUCUUUUGACAGCCAAGCGGCUAUAAUGUUGACAGUUCCCCCGCGAAACUUCCCCUUUCAGAACGAAGUGUCUAAAAUUGGGGAAAUCAUCUUCGUAGCCGAUAGAUCCGGCUCAAUGGAGGACAAGAUCGAAAGUCUAAGGUCUGCAAUGCACUUCUUCCUCAAAGGCAUACCUGUAGGUCGAAGCUUCAACAUUUGGUCGUUUGGGUCUAACUACGAAUGUCUCUGGGACAAAUCCCGGGUGUAUGAUGAGGAAUCGCUUAGUAUCGCCUUGGAUUAUGUCAAUGAAAAAUUUCAUGAAGACAUGGGAGGGACUGAAUUACUGCCCGCCCUUGAGGCGGCCAUCGCAGCUAGAGACUGGGGUUUACCCUGUGACGUGAUAGUUCUCACAGAUGGUGAAGUUUGGCAGCUUGGCGAGACGCUGAACCUAGUGCGCAAAGCCAGGAACUACUCUAACGGCGCUAUUCGAUUCUUCUCGCUAGGUCUCGGCGCUCAUGUUUCCCACGCGCUGAUUGAGGGAAUUGCACGAGAAGGAGGUGGUUGUUCGGAAGUAAUCCCCAAAGCGGAUCAAGGGGGCUGGGAAGCACGAAUGAUUGCGAUAUUGAAGGCGGCUUUGACUAUUCAUGUUCAUGAUCUAAGACUUGAUAUAGUUGGACUCAAAGCCAUGACAGCACCGGCAAACCUUCACUCACUCAGCCCGUUUCAAGCACAUCGAAUAUUCCUCCUUCUAGAGCAAGGAAGCACCCUGCAAAACGGCAACAUCGCUCUCACCUUUAUUUCUGAGGGAAAGCGAACAACUAUGAAUACUUCAGUUACCAGACUAGAUAAGCCCGGUACGCUUAUCCAUAGUCUGUCAGCUCGGGCACUGUUAGAUGAUAUUGAGCGUGGCAUCUCGUUGAGUGACGCAACACACAUACCUAAAGCUCACCUAGAGAUUGAUGGUAGAGGAGAAGAAUUCUCAAGUCUGGCGGAGAGCAUAGCCUGCAAAUAUACGUUGCCGUCGCGGUGGACAUCGCUCUUCCUCUUAUCGAAAACUGACGAAACUUCGGCAGUUGAAACUACUCCCACCAGUAGCAAGGCGGUCGCGAUGUUUCACAUCGAAUCUAGGUCUUUGCAGAGUCAACGUGGAACUGCCCGGGCCCCUAUUCGAAGGACUUUUCCCCAGGUUUCGCCAUUUCCAGGUAUGAGUGUUGUAAAUACGGGUAGUAUAGAUAUGGGUAGAGCUUUUUUGGACAAUGACGACGAGGACCAGGACGAGGUAGAAACAAUGUCACGUUCUGCAAGCCAUCUGCCAAGUUCCCCAUUCCAUUAUGAUUCACGUCCAUCUGUAAAGGUCUGUCCUCAGAAGGAGUCCAUAUCAUUUAUUCUCAGCCACCAAGCAUUUGACGGAAGCAUUGGUAGCGAGGUACUCAUUGGAAUAUACGAACCGAUUCGUAGUAGCAUAGUUACCCUGAAGAGCUGGUUACACGCGAGAACGACACUCGACAAUACAGUACUUGACCGCGUGGCUACGACGGAUCUAAUUGUGCGAAUACUAGAGAGACAUUACAAGGACUAUGAAGAUCUAUGGGCCAGGAUACGGGAGAAGGCCGUCGAGUACAUACGUUUGCAAUUAAUCCCCUUCUAUCUGGACGAGGAAUUUCUUGAGUACUCGCGGAAGAUGUUUGACCAGUUGGAGGGGAAAGUCUGUUUGAAUCUUGACACGAGUUCUUGUAUCUUCUCCGAAGAGGGCCUUACGGAUCAGCACAACGCCAACGACGGGAAUAAUGAUUCAAUUGGAUCUUACCCCAUCUUGGUUCGCGAAGCUCCUAUAGAGGACUAGAACAUGUCCAAACAGCACUGGCACAGAUAGGGCAGAUUGAUUCCAAUCUUUUUUUAUGCAGUCAUGGCAGUAUUGUAUUCAAGAAGUAGGGUGCUGGAUAUUUAUUACGGUCUCUACUCAAUACAAAACAAUUUCUUUGUGUUUCAGAAAUCUGGCAAUGUACUUGUUUUCUAACGAGUUUUGUUUUCAUGUUACUAUUGAUUUGUUUUUGUCUAUGCCGAAUGUCUCCUCGUGAAGGGGCUUGGUCAAGAGUUAUAUGUCUUGAUCUGAUGUGAGGGCCUGACUAAAUCAUCUACAUAAGUCUGCCGUUUAAGAUAUUUGUUAAUUGUGGGUAAGAUAUAAUAUAUUACCAAAGAUCUCCGAGUAACCUCUUAGGGGUUCGCUAAAUACAAAUUAAAUUUCUUUGUUUGCUUAUAGUAGCUAUAUCAAACUAGCAUGGAC